AUGUAAGAAUUGGAGGAACUCUUGAAAAAGCCUGAAAUUUAUGAAAACUUGUCUCUAUUUAAGGAAUUCCUGAAGGGAGUCAAGAAGUUAUGUGAUCAAUUUGAGGAGAAAAUUAAAAUGAUUCCUAAAUAAGAAAUUUAGGAGGAAAUGUAAAUUAGUAAGAAAAUUGAGAAGAAAAUUUAGAAAAGGAAAAGAAAGAGACAUCAAUAAAGCUAAUCAGAUUCUCCAAUCAAAGCAUACAAAUGUAUCAAUACUAAUUUAUGAAAGAAUAGGGAUAAUUCAUGAAAGAUGGAGAUUAAUUGGACAAACAAAAUGUAAGGCGUAUAUAUAAAAUUAACUUAGAAUAUAGAUGGAUCUAUGGUGGAAAUCUAAGAUAUAAAUUAAUAGAUGGAAUUAAAAAAGAUCUCAAAAAAGGAGGGCUAAAAAGUGAAUCAAGAAGUGAAAAGAGAAGAGGAAGAUCUAAAAGGAAUAUAGGAGGAAGAUUCUUUUGGUGGGAAUAUAGUAUAAGAAUAUUAAUGA